AUGGACGACGACUUCGAAGAGCUCCUCUGCGAGAACGAGCUACUUCACGGCUCAUCCCAAGGGUCGCUGACCGAUGCAGCUGCUAAUCUGUCGUGUGUCGAGAAUGGGGGAGAAGACGUGAUUUACACAUCCCAGAACGUGUAUGAUUCCGCCCAUGAUCAGAACAUGGUACCGCGAGCACUUUCAAGCGAGCUGACUGCUGCCGCCGUGUCCGAUCUUGCUGUUUGCGACCCCAUUCAAAGGACUCACCCCAAUGCGGACGUGAUUGACCGGAUCGAAAAUGUGUUUGAGCAGAUUGCCGAUGCGAUGCUGAACGAGAGGAAGCAAAUCAGCAUCACCUUGAAGACAAGAUUGCGAGCAUCAACUGACAUCCGGCCUGACGAGGAUCGCAUGAAGCGGCUCUCCUUUCCCGGCAAGAGCGCCGAUGAAGCAUGGAGAUUCGCGGUCGUGAUACGCAUUCUUGAGCUCAUGCACGAAGCGCUUCGAAAUGAUGUUGUCAUGUCCAAAAGAGAUCCCGCUCUUUUCGGCAGUCAAACUCACGUUGAUCGCUACGUCGACGACAUUGCCUUCACAUUCGGUGUCACCAGAACCGCACUCAAUGUUACAGCCGUUGCCAAAGGCUUGGUUGCUGGUGCCGUCACUUUCUGCCGUAGAGACGGCUCAACUUUCACCGCAGCUGGUGAUCAAGACGGUGUUCUCGUACCUGCUCUCAAAGACAUACUCUCCGUUGAUAUGUCUACUGUCCGCUGGGUAUUGGUCAUUGAGAAAGAAGCCACAUUCCGUUCCAUCGCUGCCUCCAGCUUCUGGGAGCAUAUCGCAACCGAAGGCGUCAUUAUCACCGGGAAAGGCUACCCAGAUCUUGCAAGUCGUGCUUUAUUGCAAUUCCUCGGCACAGCAUCUCCGCGAAAUGGCUUUGCAUCUCCGCCGGUGUACGGACUGGCAGACUUCGAUCCGGAUGGUGUGGCGAUCAUGUCAACCUACAAGCAUGGAUCAAAAGCUUUGGCGCAUGAGAAUAAGAGUCACAGUGUGCCGCAGUUGCAGUGGCUGGGCCUACGCAGCAAGUCUCUGCUGCUUGAUGCAAAUGACUCGCAUGUUACGCAAGAAAUUAUGAUGCUUACAGCCCGGGACAGGAGGAAAGCACUUCAGACGAUUCAGUACGGAGGCAUUGCGGGCAAUCGCGUUGACGGCGAAUUGGUGGCGGAAUUAAAAAGAAUGCUCAUGCUGAAUAUGAAGGCCGAACUGCAGCUGCUCGAUGCUGUGCCUGGAGCAAUGAUGAGGUUGCUUCACACAUUGUGCAACACCGCAAAUGUUUAA